AUGAAUUCUUAGAGCGUGAUUUUGGAAAAUAGCUCCAGAAGACGGAGCUAUGAUUUAGCAAUCAAGAACAUCAAGUUCGAUACUUCUGCAAGCUUCGUCGAUGGCAAUAACAUCCCCAAGAAGUUUAUGGUCUUCAAAAAACCAGCAUCUGAUUUUUCAUAUUCAACUUUUUGGGACUUGAUAUGGAAGACUGAUAGCAGAGUGAUAGUGCGAUUUGACAAGGGUAAAUCCGUAAGACAAAAAUAGCUGAAUAGCGAUUCAUCCCUGGCGUACGAUGUCAGACAAUUUACUCUAUGGAAGAAGACUAUAACCGACAAAUAUUACACUCAGAUAACCUUGACUGUAAGAAACAACAAAGAAAAUAAGUCAAGAAAGAUAACGCAUUACCAAUACCACGAGUUUCCUGAUCAACAAACGCCCUUCUACUCUGCGCAGCUGAUAUCUUUUUGGAAGAUUGUGAACAAAAAGUAUGAAGGCACCAUUUCACCAGAAGAAAAAGAAAGCGGAAUGUGCCUACAAUAG